CAUGUGACGAAAAAUGGAGGACGAAGAACAACAACUCCUCAAAAGACGAAACAUACAGCAAGAAAGCGUCAAUGCUCAAAACUACCCAGGGGUACGACCAGCAGGAAUCGAAAUCAACCAGGAAAAUGACAACACAAAUAAAAAGGGGUUUACUGGGCGGUUGGCUCUCGCCAUGGCAGCUUGCACCAUGGGAUCCUCUUUCCAGUUUGGAUACAACACAGGCAUCGUCAAUGCUCCAGAAACAGUCAUAAAAGAAUUCUACAACACAACAUGUAAUGAACGGAAUCACCCAGAGGACUACUGUGAUAACCUGAUUGUGCCUCUGUGGUCCCUCACUGUGGCCAUGUACGCUGUUGGGGGCAUGAUAGGGGGUGUGUCUGCGGGCAAACUGGCCAACCUCUGGGGCAGAAAAAGGACACUGUUGCUGAAUAACAUACUGAUGAUUAUCUCCAUAGCUGUAGAAAUAUCAUCGAAGUAUGCGGAUUCUUAUGAAGUGCUGAUAGUGGGUCGCCUUAUAGUGGGUGUAAAUGCAGGCAUCAACACGGGUAUAGCGCCGAUGUACCUGUCGGAGAUCUCCACGGUGGGUCUGCGGGGCCUAUGUGGCACUUUCAACCAGCUUUGUAUCACCCUCGGGGUUCUCACCUCCACCGUGGUGGGACUCAACACCGUACUGGGCAGGAGUGAUACCUGGCAAUACGCAUUUGGUGUCCCGCUGGUGCUGGUGGUUUGGCAGCUAGUGGCCCUGUCCUGCUGUCCAGAGAGCCCCAGGUUUCUAGUCAUCCAGCGCCAGGAGGAUCUAGAGGCAGAGAGAGCUCUGGUUUGGCUACGGGGAACCACCAAUGUACACAAGGAGAUGCAAGAGAUGAUUGCAGAGAGGGACGCUCAGAGGCGCGAAAAACAGUUUUAUGUAUGCGAUUUAUUUCGGGACCCAGAGCUUCGUAAACCAAUGGUUAUCUGCAUAAUCAUGCAUCUGUCUCAACAGUGGUCAGGAAUUAAUGCUGUGAUAUAUUACUCCACGAGUAUAUUUAUGGGUGCUGGUCUCCGUGAGUCUAGUGCCGAGAUGGCCACACUGGCAACAGGGGCAGUGAACUCCUCCAUGACCCUGGUGUCCGCCCUGCUCAUGGACAGGCUGGGGCGGCGCACCCUGCAUCUGACGGGCCUGGGCGGAAUGUUCAUCUUCAGCCUAAUACUUACCUCAGGACAGAUAUAUCAGACUUAUGAUGAUCACAAUUGGCUUGGCAUUAUAUGUGUGAUGGCUGUGAUAGGCUACAUCAUCUUCUUCGCCACAGGGCCAGGUGCCAUCCCCUGGUUCUUCACAGCAGAGCUGUUUGCCCAGGGUUCCAGGUCAGCCGCUGUCAGUGUUGGGGUCGUAGUCAACUGGGCUGCUAAUGCUACCGUCGGAUUUGUAUUCCCCAUCCUUCAAAAGAACAUCAAGGCGUAUUCGUUCAUCCCAUUUGUGGCAUUCUUGGGUUUCUCAUGGAUGUUCACAUUCUACCAGGUGCCCGAGACAAAGGGCAGGACGAUUGAGGACAUUACCGCGCUGUUUCGCGUCAAGGACAUCCCCUACCAGCAGAUACCACAACACUCGGACUCGGACUCAGAGUCACAAUAGAGGCUGUGUACAACUCACUGUUUCAUGCAUAACAAUGACCAACAAUGAGAUCAUAGUAUAGAAAAGUGGUACCAGUAGUGUUUGACACUACAGUUCUGUAUAUCUAUGUCUUAUUGAUAAGGUGUUAGUAUUUAAUGAAUUUACAUUAAACUUGUGAUAACAAUAUGGCUUUAUACAGCUUUUUAAAUUGAAGUAAGAUGCAUGAGCAAUUUUAUUACAAGCACCACCUAAUUUUCACCACCUAAUCAUCAUCAUUUUCAUUGUAGUUGCAAUAUUCUACUUUUAACAAUAUAACUGUUACACAGUUCCACUUUCAAAUGUUUAAUACAAGUUGAAAAGUAAGAUCAUGCUACCAUAACAGAGCAGCCUGUGCCAAUAUACUGGUAUUCAUGGUUUUCAACUGCAAUACCGGUAAUGAAUACAUGUGGAACUACAGUUAGAUUUCAACUAAAACGUCAGUUCAGUAUGCUUGCGAUGUUCAAACAAAGGCUAUGAACAAAUAUUCAAUGUGCUCACACCUGAAACUGGUUUUGAAUGGAAGAAUGUUAUUUCAACUUCAAUUAAGAGGUUAGAAACUACAAAAACUUUAUACUUGUAUACAAAAAAAUGUACCAUGUUUUGACUAUGCAUGUUUAUCAUGUUAGAAUUCGGAUGCAAUCAUGUCCCUUGUUGACAGUCUAGAUACAGCAUACUGCAAAAUCACAAUUAUUCGUGUGACAAGAAUAUUUUUGUUUUGUGGGAAAAUGGAUACACAAAUGUAUGAUCCUGAUUUAUACCUUUAACUUCGUCUAGGUAGAUAAGUUAGGCUCGGGGCUUAUUAAAUACCCUUCAUGCCUUGUGUUAUAAUAUAGCAUUUUUCAUGGAUGUUGAAUUAUCAGGGGCGGAUUGAAGACAGUCAAUGACAACUGAUUCAAAGAGUUUCUAUGCUUUUAUUAGAGAGAAAUGAAAACAUACUGCAUUGUAUAAGGGUGUUUUGUCAUAAUAUUAAACUUCGUUAAUUGGAAUAUGAUAAACCUGGCCCACCUUCUAUAAUGACUUCUUCACUCAAUAUACUGCGGAUACAUCUUGCAAACACUUAACAACUUCAUGUCCAUUUUUGUAAACAAAAAAACAACAUACACGAAUUUCCAUUUCUACAACAUUGUUGUCAUGUUUAAAAAAAAAAACAUGAAAUUAUAUGCUGACGAAUAUAAUUGAUUUUUAAAUGUUUUAUGUGAAUGAAAUAUUGGCAGUAUGGUUUAUUUAACUGGCACAAGAAUUUGGAACUCUUUGGAAAUACCUUUAACUUUUUUGGCUGUUCUAAGCAACUGACAUUGGUUGUUGUAUAUAUCUAUAUUGAGUGCUCACUUAUGUUGGUUGAGGGGUUGAUGCUGCUUGUGAAAUUAUAUAUUUUUUAAAUUAUAUUGAAAUUAUAUUUUGCAAAGAGAUUAAAAAUAUACAAAACAUACUUUACACUGGUUUCCAAUUUUUAGCUCACCUGAGCACAACGUGCUCAUGGUGAGCUUUUGUGAUCGCCUUUUGUCCGUCGUGCGUUUUGCGGCGUCAACAUUUGCCUUGUUAACUCUCUAGAGGCCACAUUUAUUGUCCAAUCUUCAUAAAAUUUGGUCAGAAGAUUGGUCUCAUUUAUAUUUUGGAUGAGUUCAAAAUAAUUAUGUUUGCUUGAAAAACAUGGCUUUCAAAGGGCGGGACAUUUUUCCUUAUAUGGCUAUAGUAAAAUCUUGUUAAUACUCUAGAGGCCACAUUUACUGUCCGAUCUUCAUGAAACUUGGUAAGAAGAUUCAUCCCGAUAAUAUCAUGGACGAGUUCAAAAAUGAUGCUGGUUGGUUGAAAAACAUGGCUGCCAGGGGGCGGGGCAUUUUUCCUUAUAUGGCUAUAGUAAAACCUUGUUAACACUCUAGAGGCCACAUUUAUUUUCCGAUCUUCAUGAAACUUGGUCAGAAGAUUUGUCCCAAUUAUAUCUUGGUAUCUCAGGUGAGCGACUUUGGGCCUUUCAGGCCCUCUUGUUAAUAGUUAUAUUUAGGGAAUGCAUGUGUCCUUGAUAAGUUUGUUAUUAAUAAAACUUUCAGAAAUUACUUAUUUUACUACCAUGGAUUUUCACAAUUUAGUUAUAAUUGUUUGUAAAUAAGGUGUUAUUAGUUUAAUAAAUGUUUCUGUUUAUUGAAUAGGCUCUAUGGGAAUAAAAUUGUAUGUUUGCAUUGAUAUGAAGUACAUGUAUUUAUGUGGUUUGCUCAGAAAUAUUAUAUUAUUUUAGUGACAAUUCUGUCUUUCUGUUGAUAUGUUAUUGUUAUAUCUAAUAUUAAAAUUCACAUGAAAUGUGAGCAGGGUUAUGACAAUAUACAUGUACUCAACAAAUUUGGGAAGUGCAAUAUCUGUGUACACUGUAAUGUGCUACUGGCAUGAAUGUGCCUAGGUACAUUUGUUCUGUGUUUGUUGGUAGUCUGUUAAAUAAAAUCUACCUCCAACAAAUUGCCUUUUAAAAAGUGUAUGUUAAAAAUGUUCCCUUUGCUUAUGUUAUAUUUCUGCUUGUAAGUGGUUCAGGGAGAUUGUGGGUGUAUAAUACUUAUAUUGUCAAUAAUAUGUUUUUCUUUAUUAAGGCACAUGAAAUCUCAUCACAGCUUGCCCAAAAGUGUGAUUGAUGCAUGUAAUACAUGAACAUUGAAUAUGAAAAAAGCAUAUUGUGACAAUACAAAUUGUGAGUUAUCAUCCUACAUAAUUAUUACUUGUACUGUAAAAAUUGCUGCACAUGUAAUUUGACGAAUACAAGAACAAAGACUUUGGAACUCCGAUGAUUAUGAAAGAAUAAUGUUGUUUAAUCACAAUUUUUGGGAACUUGGGCCCGUAUUCACCAACCCAUUCUUAGACUUAAGAAUAAAGAAAAGACUUGGAACCAAGAAAAAUGCAUUCAGUGUUUGAAUAUAUAGAUGCCUCCACUGGUAAUUAUGUCAUUAACACAAUGCUCUACAUGAAGAAUGCCAUAGAGCGAGGUGUUUAAAAACAAGUUUUACUCAAAAUUCAAGCAUUUAUUGAAUAUAUUAAUUUAAAGAAUUUUCUUUAUUCUUAGACUUGAGUCUAAGAAUUGUUUGGUGAAUACCGUUACUGAACUUUUAGAAAUAUGGGUGUCAGUAUACUUGCAUAGUUUUGAGUUCAUCUGAGCUGGCUGUCCUGAAGGAGAUCUAUUGUGACUAGUCUUAUGUGCGGUGUUGAGUGUCGUGCAGUUGUUGACUUUAAUCUUGUUGCAACUCUAGGCGCCACAUUUUUCAUUUAAACUUUGUCAGAAUGUUCUCUUGACAAUAUCCAGGCCCAGUUCAAUCAGCGUAGUGUGCAUCCAAAAAGUGUGUCAACAUGUCAAAGCUUAGAAAAACUGUUUAACCCCUCUACAGGCAACAUUUAUCAUUAAAUCUUGAUGAAACUUGGUGAGAAAAUGAUCUGCUGGAGCACUUAAACUUAAAAAGCCUAUUUUACAAUCAUGUGAACUUGUGCACAUGUGUGAUGGGAUGCAGUUAUGCUCAGGUGAACUAUUUUGGUCACAUUAAUGAUCCUGUGUAGUGCAUCAUCUCUCUCUGAAACUGCAGGGCCCAGAGUUUUAUUUGGCAUCUAACCUCUUAAAGUUGUCGUCUGCUAAGUCUGUUAACACCAUGCCCUUGAGGUCAACGCUUGUCAUGCCUCAGGUGUCAAAUCAUCUUUAGAGAUUUGUAUAGUAAAUGUUGAUAAACUUAAAAAA